CCACAACCAUCACCAACACCUCCGCCACCGGCACCCCCCUACCACAACUUCGCGCAUCGGAUUGUCCCCCAACCACAGCCCCUCUUGUCCAGUAUAUGCGAUAAGGCGGAAGAAAGAGACUGCAAGGAGGACGAAUCUGUAGCCCGCAAUCCUGGCGUGCUUCCCCAGUCCGAUGAGAUGGACAGUUGCGGACGGCAAGAGACGUGCAACCUUGCACAGAGUCUGCCUGCUCAGUCUGAUGCCACGGAAGAGGAAUCAAGAGCAGCGGAGGUAAGCACUAUUGAGACUCCGGAAAUGGUAGUUUCGACUGAUGAGACUUCUGUCCCACCAACCGCCCCCACGACCACGACCUGCGGCACCAACUAUGCGGCGGAGGAGGGUUCUCAUUGCGGUGAUGACUGUCCCUCUGAUGGGGAAGCCAGCAGUAACGGCUCAACCAGCAGCACUGGCAGCAGUAGCGGCAGCGGCAGUGACAGUUACACUUCAUCUCCAAAAAACAACCGCAAUUGUCGUUCCCGCGGCUUUGGAGUCCUCUCUGACAUCAGCGAGAGGACAGAAGAGACGGAAACCACGGCUCCGAGUAGUCUGAUGGGGCAGUGUGAAAGAAACAGCGUCUCUACCCUGCUCGACCUCGCUCUCCAACAGAGCAGACUGGUCACUGCGGAAAGGGACCCUGAAGAAAUCGGAGGGCUAGCUGCCUGGCCAUCCUUGCCAUCGGAGGAGAUUGUAUUUGGCUCACCUCCGCUUUCCUUCCUAAAAUUAACUGGUGGCGCAAUGACUACCGAAAACUCAACUACUGUUGUCACAGAGCCACCUCCUUCCACGCCUACCACUGGGGAGGGUUCCCAUUCUAAGGAGGCAGGGUUCAGUAACACCAAAGACCCAGGUGACGGAGCUGCAGUAGUGAAACGCGUCAUCGUCACCAGCACCAGCACCAUCAUCACCAUAAGAGCGAUCGGCAUAGAAAGAGCCGAUCCUCGUGUCAUCAGCAUCACCACCACCAUCGCUGUCAUGAUAGGCGAAAUGAGGACGCGGUGUGUGCCAAGUGCCACGAAAAACGCUGCUGUACGUGUGAAUCAUGUGCGGGUGCAGUUGCCAACCGAGGAGAUAGUUUCGAUCCGUGUGACCAAAAGCGGAGACACAGCAAUCUGCGAUCUCAUGACCCUUCGCUGGGAGAUAACAGGUUCAAAACUGGGGAGGAAAAGCAAGGGGACGAGAGAACGAGAUUGCGAAGUCAGCAGCUCCAGCGACAGGAUAUACUGCCACAACAGCCAGCACCUGCACCGAGCCCUCAACCCCGUCGAUCUGGCCACUUACUAUGGCCUCCGCCUGCUCCUCCUCCAACACUCCUAUCCUGUAUCCCUACUAUGCGCCAUCGACGAGUGCCUCCUUCCACGGCCUGCAGACUCCCUUGACACCUUCCUCCUACAAUAA